AUGAACACGCUCAAACUCGGAAGCUUGAUUCGAAGCACUGCUUCCAAAAUUUCUCCAAUUAAAUCCCUUCGCUGUUCCGAAUCAUCUGCUUCUUCUUCUAUUCCUAAAUCUCGUCUCUUCUCCAAUGUCACUGACGGCGAAAGUCCGGUUUAUCACCACGCGCGUUUGUUCAGGAAACCACUAUCGACCCGUUUCAAAUCCAAUCUCUCAAACUCCAUAAGCCUUAUGGGUUUCGUUGAUCGACCUCUUCGAGUCCUCGAUACCGAGUCUGAUAGGUUCGGUGUUUCUACUUUGCUUAGAGUGAAAGACCCUCGUGAUCCGAAUCGGAGCUUUAGGAUAGCUCUUAGCAUGUGGGACGUGACGGCAAGGAAGUGCAUUGAGCAUCUGAAGCCAAAUGAUUUCAUACAUGUCUCAGGCCGUCUUGAUUCUUGUUGCAGGAACGAAAAUAGCGGAUUAGGUUUAGAUUACCAGGUUAAAGUGACAGAAGUGAAUUAUGUGAUGGCUCCACAAAGUCAUGCCUUAGACUCUCAGAUACCCCAAAAGCCAAAACCAGAAACAGUGUCUCUUAAAGUGGUGAAAGAAGAAGGUGUAGAAGAAACCAAGAAUGAUAAGAUUCAUUUGUGGCAAGACUUGUUUGCAAAUCCAGACAAGUGGCGUGACAAUAGGAGAAACAAUAAGAAACCAACGCAGCCUGACUUCAAGCACAAAGAGACAGAUGAAGCUCUCUGGCUUGACGCAGACACACCUGUUUGGGUUACUAAACAGCUUGAAUCGUUCGACCAGAGAGAACCAAAGCACGAUGAGAUUCACUUGUGGCAAGCUUUGUUUGCGGAUCCAGACGAAUGGUGGGACAAUAGGAGAAACAAGACGAACCCGAAGCAGCCUGACUUCAAGCACAAAGACACAGGUGAAGCUCUCUGGCUUGAUAGCUCAGAUACACCGGCGUGGAUCACUAGCCAACUUGAAUCGUUGGACGAGAAAGAAACAAAGAACGAUGAGCACUUGUGGAAAGCCUUGUUUGCCAAUCCAGACGAGUGGUGGGACAAGAGAAGAAGCAAGAAGAGCCCAAAGCAGCCUGACUUUACUCACAAAGAUACAGACGAAGCUCUCUGGCUUAACUCGUAUACACCGGAAUGGGUUACUAAAGAACUUGAAUCGUUCGACCAGGGAGAAGCAGCAGACGGUGUAGAAGAAACCAACAGUGCUGAGAUUCACUUGUGGCAAGUCUUCUUUGCGAACCCGCGCGAGUGGUGGGACAAUAGGAGAGAUAAGACGAACCCGAAGCAGCCUGACUUCAAGCACAGAGAUACAGGUGAAGCUCUCUGGCUUUGUAGCUCAGAUACACCAGCUUGGGUUACGAGACAACUUGAAAUGCUAGACCAAAGAAACGCAAACAAGAGAGGCUACGAUCAUGAAGAAACAGGUCGUAGCAGCCGUCUUGCUGAUUGGAUUUAG